AUGAAAAGCACUAGAAAGAACACCCAAAUCGAAAACGAGGAUACAGUCGAGGAGACAUUCCAAAGAAUAAUUGCCGAAAACAGAGGAGACUCUUCAAGAACGAGCAAUUUAAGAGAAGAUGAAAUAGAGAUAAAUUCCAGAGGCAAAAUGGAAUUACCCUUAGAAGAAAUAUCAAUUACUGACGCUAUAUCUCAUUUCAACACUAAUUUUGAUGAAAUUAGGAAAGAAAACGAUGAAAGAUUUAGUAGAUUAGAAAAUCAAUUAGAAAUGGUUAUUGCUCAUCUAUCCAUUUCAAAGGAUUAUCACAAAAACACUUUGAAUAAAGAUAAAGAAAAGAGCAACGAAUCGCUUAUUACAAUGAAUAGAAAAACAGAGAAAAGAAAUGAUCCUUUAACAACAGAACAACCAAUACCAAUACCAUAUUUCUCUACCCUUAAGAAAUUUGAUGAAAAACAAUCAUUUGCUAAGUGGUAUCAAACAUUUGAUAGUCAUUGUAAACUUAAUAGAAUACCUGAAAAUUUAUUAAAGGAUUAUUUGUUAGUAAACGUAGAAGGAAGAGUAGCAGAAUUAGUUGCUGAAACUAAGGAAUAUACAUCAUUCAAUAAUUUAAUUGAAUAUCUUAAGGAUACAUUCACGGGAAAAUGCUCGAUAUUAGAAGCCGAAACAAAUAUUGAAAAUAUAAAGAGUAUACCAUUAAAUAAAUCUAAUAUUGAUCAAAUUAGCGUUAUGAUUGAUCAAAAUAUUAGAACCAUAUAUGGCACAUUGGAUGAAGAACGAAUUUUCUCCGAAAAGAAAAAUAUCCUAAGACAGUUACUCCCAAAGGAAAUAAAACUAUUUAUAAAAAAUGAAACAACUAAAGAUUGGAGUUAUUAUGUAAAUAGUGUAAAAGAAUACAUGGAGUUAGUUGAUACGCUCAAAAGUAAUAUUACACAAAGCCUCAAGUACGAUAAAAAGAAGGAUAUCAAAUGUAAUAGAUGCAAUUAUAAAGGACAUAUGGAAACUGAAUGUAGAAGUAAAACUAAAUGGGAUCCUAAUUCUAAAACAAGGAUAAACUUAUUAAAUAAAGACAAAGGCGAUUCUUCCAAUAUAUUACAUAAAGAAAUAUUAAUAAAUGGAAAAAUAAAAGCAAAAGCAGCACUUGAUACUUGUUCAGAAAUUUCUAUUUUAAGUAAUAAGUUAGCCAAACAAUUAUCAAUCUCUAAGUCAAGAGAUAAAGUUAUAAUUGAAGGCAUUGAAAGUAAAACAGUUGGAAAUUGGGGAGAUAGACCAAUUUCAAUAAAAAUAGAUGAUGAAGAAAUUAAAUUAGAUAAAAUCUUAAUAAAAGAUUUACCUAAAGAAACCCAAUGUGAUAUUUUACUUGGAUUAGAUGCAUUAUCUAAAUACAAUAAAUACAUUGAUCUAAAGAAAAAGAAAAUUCUUAAUAUCGAGGAGAUAAUUAAAGAAUACGAAAGAAAAAUUAAAUUACCUUCAUAUAAAUCUUAUUGUACAAUUAUAAAAGAUACAUUUAAGGAAAGUUGGCUGAAGAAUUUAAAUAAUUUAGAAGAAGCCGAGAAAAACUUUUAG